UUACUUUCGCAUACAUUCACAGUUAAAAUACGCGUAAUAUUUAAGUUUAAAUUAUAAUGUGGUGUUAUUGUGUGAUUUUUGGAUUCUUUAUAAUAAGUGCGUCUACGCUCUGCAAUGAUCAAAAAUGCGUAAAAACUUCACGAAUGAUAGCAAGUGAAAGGAGUGAACAGAAUUCUAGACCCUUUCAGGUUGCAUUAUACCUACGAGUGGGCACAACAGGCCAGUUGGGUUUCUGCGGCGGAUCCCUGAUACAUCAGCAAUGGGUUAUCACUGCUGCACAUUGCUGUUUUCACGACGAUGUUAUAGUAGAUAAUGUUCAGGUGAUUCUAGGAGCGCAUUCUCUCUACGACCGGUAUGAAAACGGUCGUCGAGUUGUGAAUGUGGAUCAAAUAGAAAUACAUCCCGAUUGGGACCCGACUACUUUUGCCAACGACUUGGCCCUUCUCAGACUAGCUAAUGUUGUGCAAUUAACUGAUACCAUCGAUGUGGUGAGGUUGCCAUAUCUUAACAUUUCGACCCACAACUUUGCUGGAGCAGCCGGUACAGUCUCUGGCUGGGGUAUUGCUGGACCACAGGUAACAUUUGUGUCUCCAACGCUCCGUGGGAAGGUGAUGACGGUGAUGACUAAUAUCUUCUGCAAUUCGACGUACUUCAACCGUCUGCCGCCUAACGUUGUGUGUGGGUUUAGCCCAACUGCUGGCACUUGUAAGGGAGAUAACGGUGGCCCAAUGACGAUUUUCUAUAAUAACACAGAAGAAGAUAUUUUGAUUGGAGUAGCAACAUUCAUCGACUCGAGCGGUUGCAAUGACGAAGUGCCUUCAGUAUUCACAAGGGUCCAGUUUUAUCUCGAUUGGAUUAGUAAUAUAACGGGAAUGGUAUUGCAAUAUGCCCUGGUGGAGGUAGACCUUUCCAAAGACUACCACAUCAAUAUCGGCAUUCCAGCAGCAACCAGGAUCAAGCAGGUAGAAGAUGAAGCUAUAGCGAGCGGAUCCAAAAUUGUUGGCGGUGCUAUUGCGCCUGCUGAUGCGUAUCCUUACUUGGCAGGUCUUGUGAUUAGGUUCCACGACCACAUGGGUACAUCAGCCUGCGGUUCCACCCUUGUGUCCCUAAACCGCCUGGUCACCGCCGCUCAUUGCUGGCGACACUCGUUCAGUGCGAGCGAAUUCACCGUGGUCCUCGGUUCGCAAUACCUCUUCCACGGCGGCGAGAGAAUCGUCACCAACCAUGUGGUUUUGCACCCACAAUAUAUUCCAUCCAUGUUGAUGAACGAUGUCGCUAUUAUUUAUCUGCCAAGAAGUGUUUCAGUGUCGUCAAGCAUCAGACCCGUUUCCUUGCCGCACAACGAUCUUUGGAAUACAUUUACCGGUGAAUGGGCAAUGGCAGCUGGAUAUGGAAAGACCAGUGAUUCUCAAUCUUCGAUCACAACAGCAGCGCAAGUAAGCCACGUGAUGCUGCAAGUUAUAAGCGAAGUGCUGUGCCGUGCGUCGUUCGGGUCUAUUAUUCAAGCGAGUACGCUGUGUACGAGCGGCGCUAGGAGUACCGGCAUUUGCUCUGGGGACUCUGGCGGUCCUCUUGUGCUCAAUCGUAAUGGAGAACACAUUUUGAUUGGUAUCAGCUCUUUCGUGGCCAACACUGGUUGUCAAAACUCACAUCCCUCCGGAUUCGCCAGGGUUACCAGCUUCUAUAACUUUAUAAUGCAACACAUGUAAAGUGCAACGAUGUCAGAAGAUUGAAUUGGUUUUUUAUUUAUAAAGGAUUAGUCAUAAUAUAUUAAGUCUGACAAGAAGAAGUCAGAAGAUUGAAUCGGAGUUUUAUUUAAGUAUAUAGGAUUAGUCAUGUUAAGUCUGAUUUU